CUAAGCUUGCGUUUUACUAAAUAUGAAAAAUAUGCUUUGAAUUCUUCCUUCCUCUAACCAUUAACCGCCAUGGGGACAUGGCGUAGCAGUCAAUGAAAAAAUAUAUUAUCCUCACGAUUGCAUAAUGUUUAUGACUUGUAUAAUAACAGAGAUUUAAUCAGAAAAGCAAGGACAGCUUCAGAUUUUAAUAAUUUCUGUCCGUCUAAAGAAUCAACCGUAUGACCCCAAGUUUCAGGAAAGUAUGCUUUUUGGGGUUGCUUCAUUUAACACUAGAUUCGUAUAAUGUAUAGUUUGCAAAUCUCCACCCUGUGUAAAGUCCACUCAUAUAAUUUCUUGAUGUAAUUCCAACUACUGCAUGGAGUACCGCUUGUACCAGUCGCAUAGACAGUUGUGCUGCGAUCCGGUACCAGGCGGACGUAUACUUAUAUAUCUAUCUAUAUUUUAUAUGUAAUCUUACAUUAUAAAGAUAAAAUAUAAUAUCCAGUUUAUUAAACCAAGAUCUAAUAUAUUAGUGAGGUGUUGUGUUUUAUUCAGAAAAAUGUUUGCAGCAUCAGGUCCCGUAAAACCCUUUCCCCUGGAGGAGGAGUACAAGAAGAACACCAAAGUAACCCCGGAGGACAUCAGAAAGCUGCGACAAUGGCUGGACACGCAACCGCAUCUGCCCGCGGAACAUAUCACUGAUUUGGACCUCAUCCUGACAUUCCACUGCGUGAACCGGAGCGCAGAAGUGGCGAAGCAAGUCCUGGACCUGCACUACACGCUCAAGACUCUCUUCACAUCCUUCUUUAAAGAUAGGAAAGUCGAUGACAAGAUAUUGAAGACCAUGAGCACUUAUGCCCUCACUCCACUAGAGACCAGGGCGUACGACGACUCAGCCAUCAUAUACUGCGGGCUGGUGGACUACGACCCUAAGAACUUUGUCUUCGCUGAUGCUGUUAGGGCAUGCCUCAUGGUGCUAGACUUGUGGCAGUACUCUGCUGGCACGUGGCCCGGCUUCGUCAUCGUCAUCGACCUGGACCACGCCACGAUAUCGCACAUCACCAGGCUAGACGUCCAGUCCGUUCAGCAGUUUCUAUACUUCCUACAGGAAGCUAUGUUAUUAAAGAUCAAAAGCUUACACUUCUUAAACGCGCCGUCGUUCAUGGACCGGCUGAUGAUGAUCCUGCGACCGUUUCUCAAGAAGGAGCUCCUGGAGAUGCUGAGCAUUCACCAGAUAGGAUCCACCACCAUCGGGAAGUUCUUCCCGAUUGAAGCUCUGCCCAAGGACGCCGGUGGACAAUAUAAAACCCGUCAGCAAUGCAGAGAUGACGUAAUAGAAAAAUUCACGAGUACAAAGGAGUUCUUCGUGGAAGAGAAUAAGAAGCGAGUGGUGGAGGCGAAGCGGCCCGGCAAGCCGAAGACCAUCUCCGACAUCUUCGGCGGAGUGGAGGGCUCCUUCAAGAAGCUCGAUAUCGACUGAUGUGCUGCGAACCACUAGGAGUUCUAGAACUAAUGUAUUGUUUGUUUGGUGGAGUAAUUUAGUAGACCGCAUUCAAACCAAACGCCUACUUAAUUUAGAGGCGGCUGUUUGAUUUGAAUGCGAGCUAAAAAUUUAAUUGGUUUAUAUUGUAAUUGUAUUAUAAGUACGAGUUUUUCAAAAUUCUGAAUUCUUGUUACCAGUUAGGCAGGUUACCAGUUCUUCUAAUUUUAAGAUACUAGUGUAAGUUUGAACAUGUAUGAGUAUUGUUUUAAAUAUAAAAUAUUGCCUGGC